AUGCAACCUCACCAACGCAACCGGAAAGGGCUAUCUUGUUUUAUCUCUGUACCGCCCGCCGGUCUCCCCAACCGUCGAGCGAGGGGGAUAGAGGCCAGCAGGACUAUCAGCCGUCCUGCCCAGGCCGUGCGCCGUUUAGCGCAAAAAAUGUUAGCUGACUUGCCCGAGUUCGGGCAUACAAUUCGCCGGACACUACACCUGUCCGAGGCCGUGGUCGGGACUUCAGUCCUACACCUGGAGGAACAGUUCUCAGGAGAGUUGCUGCGAGCGGAGCCCACACCGGGCCUGAGAGCGGCGGUGGCUCGGAUGAGAGCAGUGCCAGACGCACUGCUCAAGCGGGCCCUGGACCUCUUGAACGACACGGUGAACGAUUAUGAGUACCUCUCUGGUCUGGAGGGGGACCCAGCCGACACUCUGCUUCCAGGGCGGGUGAUCGGCGACUGGUCCACGUACGGCGUGCUUGUCGGAGUACUCACAUGGGCCGAAGCCGAAAUGCGGCGGCAGGGAACGGGCACUGGCUGUCCCCGAGCCGCCAGGAGACUCGCGGAAGAAGUAGUCCGGAUCGAGGCUCUCCGAUCGGCAUUCAGGCCGCCAGCUAUGCAAGCCUACCGAGUAUCGGUGGACCGCCUGCGCAGCUGGAUCCGACGGAACGAUCAGGACGCGGAGUUGAGCGCGUUGUCCUCUUUGUACCCGUUUAGAGACCGGCCCCGACAGGUCGGUGAGGCCAUAGCCCUCUUAGCUGCAGCUGAGGAGGGAAUGGUCCCAGACGCCGAGCGCCAGCUUAGGGACGUGUUCUCAGAGCUGCGACUCAACCGCAGUGGUCGAAGGCUGACCACGAGCGUGAUUGUAGAGAGACGCCUCUGGGACUGCCUCUUACCCUUAGUGGCUCGCGUCGGGACCUCGGUCUUCCGAGGAACCCUGACAGGCGACCGGUGGCUUGAGGUCACCGGGUCAUCCGGCGUGGCGGCCGGUAUGAGCACGCUGUAUACCCUGGCCGCCCCCAGCGUUGUCCUGGCGGGCCAAGGGGUUCAGGCCAUAGAGGUUGAUCGCCCGACGCUGCGCGCAGGAGGACCAGAGUUCUGCAGCAGCUUGGCCUUAUGGGUUAGUAGCGAUUUCCCCACAACCCGCACGCUGUACAAACGCCUCGUUUCGAUAGGUGCUACGGGCGCACCGGCAAACGGACGCACGGCGGGCCACGCCUGGCUGGUAGCGGUCAGGGAGAUGGAGAGGUUGGACGCAGGUUUCACGGACUCCGUGAUCUGUGGAUCACUCACCCAAAAAUCGGUGGUCGCCAUCUGUGCGGGCAGCCGAUCGUUCAACGAAUUCAGGAGUGGACUCUUGACCAGGGUGGUCGCCAUGAUGCCGGACAGCGGCGUAGUGGCCACCACAUCACAGGCGUCCCUAGUCCUGAAACGCGUAGGUGGGGUGGUAGAGCUAGAAGUGCAACAGAUGAAUACCAGUAACCCUGCGCCGACACCAGGCGAGCACUUUCUAGACGGGCUGGCAGCCCAGUUUUACCACCACUACCAGUCGCGGGGCGUACCCACCCUAUGGCGACUGGCGACUCCACUUUACGAAGCUAGCAUGUUUAGCUCAGUCCCGGACUUUGUGGCACCCGGGCACGUGUGGCCGGAUAUAGAUGCCUUGCUGGCACGGCAUCUCCAUCGGCUUAGCGUUGCCAAGACCACUUUGCCUCCGGAGGGUGUUGAAUGAGUCUGGCUUCCCUCAAAACCCCCCGAGGCGGAACGUGACGUGGCACGCACCAGUUAGGAGGGCGGCCGGCCCAAUAAGCCGCCACUGCUGGACCAAGUUCGUCCACGCCCUUACAGCAAUCGGACGCGCUAUACGACGGUGCAGAGUUCUUCCUAACUAGCUGCCAGCGAGCUUCCUGACAUUAGUCUGGAUUGCACUAUUCUAUCACGAUGCUUUCUCGUGAGGGCCUCACAAGUGCAACUCCCGCUGACUGCGCUAUGAUGGCAUUUAGUGUUGAGCGAAUGUCGUAAAUUGAUGGCUGCGUUGAGCCCAAAGCG